CUGCCAAAACCUCAACACGAGAAGAAGAGUGAUACUGGUUUUGGUAAGUGGCCAGUGAAUGACGUGGACAGUUGCUAGCUUUCUAGAACUCGUAUGAGAUCCCUUCUGAAUUACUUUCACAUUGAGUGUCGCUUGUUAACGCAAGGUUAACAAACUCUUGCUUGGUGGUCGAAAUCACAUUCGCUUUUUAUCAAUGACAACUUCACCGCAGUCUCCUGCCAGCUACCUAAGACAUUUCAAUGUGGCGAGGACUGACAACACGUCUGACAGCACGGGCGACUCACAAGAAUCAUGUAUGUUCGCAGUUGAUUCCGUGUGACACGCGACUGUGCGCCGCUGUCUGUAGCAACUUCAGCACAGGUAGACCCCUCCACAAUGACAUUUUCAAAGAGGUGGAGUCCCAGUUCAAAGCGUUCAGGCAGAAGGCGUCCGACGCCCUGCCCGGCAGUGACUGGAGUCCGUUUGAGAAGAACACCUCGCUGCCUCCGGAGAGGGCGGACAUCGUGGUGGUGGGUGGAGGUGUGGUGGGCUGGUCCAUAGCCUACUGGCUGAAGAAGAAAGAGCGUCUCAGGGACGGGGUGCGGGUCGUGGUGGUGGAGAAGGAUCCCACGUACGCCCAGGCCUCCAGUGUGCUCUCUGCUGGGGGCAUCCGUCAGCAGUUCUCCCUGCCAGAGAACAUCCACCUGUCUCUGGCCUCCGCAGACUUCAUGAGGAACAUUAACGAACAUCUGAGUGUUAUGAAUGAAGACCCAGUGGACCUUCAGUUCAACCACUCUGGUUACCUCUUCCUGGCCAGCGAGAAAGUGGCCCACAUCAUGGAGGAGAACUACAAAACCCAGAGGGAAGCGGGGGCCAAGGUCUCUCUGUUGUCCCAGGUACAGCUGAAGGACAGGUUUCCAUGGAUCAACACUGAGGGAGUGGUGCUGGCCUCCUACGGGCUGGAAAACGAAGGCUGGUUUGAUCCCUGGACUCUGCUGAAUGCAUUCAGGCGUAAGGCCAUAUCCAUGGGGGUCUACCAGUGCUUUGGAGAAGUUACAGGUUUCAAGUAUGUCUCGAAUGCCAUGACAACUCAGGAUGGUGAAAUGGUGGAUUUCAAAAGGAUCAAACAUGUUAAUGUCCAGAUGCCCAACAGUCUAGAGUAUCAGCCGGUGGAGUGUGCCAUCGUGGUGAACGCAGCCGGUGCCCACUCCGGCAAGGUGGCAGAGAUGAUGGGCAUCGGCGCCGGGGCGAAGGACACCUGGGCCGGCAUCCGUCUACCUGUGGAGCCCAGGAAGAGGUUUAUCUAUGUGGUCCACUGUCCAGACGGACCCGGCCUAGACACUCCUUUCCUGAUCGACUACUCUGGUGUUUACUUCAGACGGGAGGGCCUGGCCGGCAACUAUAUCGCUGGGAUGUCUCCCGAGGAGGCUGAGGAACCAGAUACCAGUAACCUGGAGGUGGACCACAAGUUCUUCCAGGACAAGAUCUGGCCUCAUCUGGCCAAUCGCGUUCCAGCCUUCGAAUGCCUGAAGGUCACAAGCGCGUGGGCUGGUUUCUACGACUUUAACACGUUCGACCAGAACGCCAUCGUGGGCAUGCACCCGCUGGUGAGCAACAUGCUGUUCGCCACAGGCUUCAGUGGUCACGGCCUGCAGCACUCCCCCGCCGUGGGCCGUGCCGUGGCCGAGAUCAUCCUGGACGGAGGGUUCCGGACCCUGGACCUGAAGGCCCUGGGGUUCAAACGCAUCCUGGCCCAGGAGCCCAUGCUGGAGAGGAACAUCGUCUGAGAGGAGAGCGUGGGUGGACUGGAGCCCUCCUCCUCUGGUGGGGUUCAAGGACUAGAGCCCUCCUCUUCUCUGGUGGGGUUCAAGGACUGGAGCCCUCCUCCUCCUCUGGUGGGGUUCAAGGACUGGAGCCCUCCUCCUCUGGUGGGGUUCAAGGACUAGAGCCCUCCUCUUCUCUGGUGGGGUUCAAGGACUGGAGCCCUCCUGUUCUCUGGUGGGGUUCAAGGACUGGAGCCCUCCUCCUCUGGUGGGGUUCAAGGACUAGAGCCCUCCUCUUCUCUGGUGGGAUUCAAGGACUGGAGCCCUCCUCCUCCUCUGGUGGGGUUCAAGGACUGGAGCCCUCCUCCUCUGGUGGGGUUCAAGGACUAGAGCCCUCCUCUUCUCUGGUGGGGUUCAAGGACUAGAGCCCUCCUCUUCUCUGGUGGGGUUCAAGGACUGGAGCCCUCCUGUUCUCUGGUGGGGUUCAAGGACUGGAGCCCUCCUCCUCUGGUGGGGUUCAAGGACUGGAGCCCUCCUCCUCCUCUGGUGGGGUUCAAGGACUGGAGCCCUCCUCCUCUGGUGGGGUUCAAGGACUAGAGCCCUCCUCUUCUCUGGUGGGGUUCAAGGACUGGAGCCCUCCUGUUCUCUGGUGGGGUUCAAGGACUAGAGCCCUCCUCCUCUGGUGGGGUUCAAGGACUAGAGCUCUCCUCCUCUGGUGGGGUUCAAGGACUAGAGCCCUCCUGUUCUCUGAUGGGGUUCAAGGACUAGAGCUCUCCUGUUCUCUGAUGGGGUUCAAGGACUAGAGCUCUCCUCUGGUGGGGUUCAAGGACUAGAGCCCUCCUGUUCUCUGAUGGGGUUCAAGGACUAGAGCUCUCCUCUGGUGGGGUUCAAGGACUAGAGCUCUCCUCCUCUGGUGGGGUUCAAGGACUAGAGCCCUCCUCCUCUCUGGUGGGAUUCAAGGACUACAGCCCUCCACCCCUCUCCAACAUGCAUCUCAUCGAGCUAGAGCAGAUAGCAGGGUCGGACUGGCCGUCGGGAGAUUUCUCGAACGGCCGCGUCAUAAUGAAGAAAAAAAUUAUUAUAAUAAUCCACGGUCACGGGCCGGUCUGCGUUUCAAAGUCCCGGGCCGUUUUUCAGUCCCAGUCCUGGUAGGUAGUGUGUAGAUAUAUAUACACGGCUAGAGUAGAAGGUGUUAGAUAUGAGAUAGAUAUCUUAUGAUUGUGGAAUUAUUAAAUUCCGGAAUGUGACCCUGUCUUGCACUGUGUAAUUGUCAUUGGUCACAACUGUGAUAACCGAUUCAGAAGCUGCAAAAUGUGAUCAGAAGACUCAAAAGCAUGUAUCAUGUUAAAAAGAAAAAAUACUUCAAAAAUGACUUAUUUCCAGUAUAAUAAAGGACGCAUACUGUUUA